AUGCCCAAUACAUGGGUGGGUGCUGUUCGGAUCAGCGCUUCUUGGGGAGUCAAGGCCCUGGAUGCCGGAAGGACUACUGGUAGAACCCAUGCUGAUAGCAAGCGAGAGAAGAUUGAGAGAAGCGCCCUGAGUUUUGGAAGCCCGAGCUCUCUCUUUGACCCUAAUCAGCCACGGACGGAUCCCUCGUGGAGACAUGCACAGGCCCUGGAAGAAAAGCCAUGA